AUGUCUCGCGCACGAUCCAAGAAGGCGAAGCGCCUUCGCGAGUCGAGCGGCCUGACUACAAUACCGCCACCAGCAAAAGUUCCUCGUCGACACAGAAAGAAACAGUGGGCUUUUGCGAUGCUCGAGGGUGGCUCAAGCAAUACUUUCCAGCCCAACACCAGCUCCGCAUCGCAGCAGGACGGAGUGACAAUGACGGACACACCGGAGAGCGACUUAAAUAUUGCGAGUGACGACGAGCAUUCCUCCAUCGCAAUGUCUACAUACGGAGGCGACGAAGUAGCCGACGACGAGCCAGAGGAGGUGGAAUACGAUGGAGUCACCUAUCGCAUCGAAACCCACGGCAAGUCCUUGUUCAACAAAGCUCUUUAUUUGUCCUACAUCCGCGCGCGCUGCGGGAUAAAGGCAGAAGACCUGAUCGAUACGGGAAUCAUUCCCAAGACCAGUGACACGGACGAGCCAGAGAAUGAGCUGGAUUGGAGUAUGCUACUGCUCAGACAAGUCGUCUGGCUGGUGGAGAUCACGGUCGAUGUCAGGAAGAUCAAUUCCGAGCUGAAGCGGGCUGUUAAGACGCGUGUGGAUCGGCAUCGUACAAAGAAGAGCUACAUCACGCAUGUCAUCGUCGGAGAGGUGGUAGAAAUCUUCAGAGAGCGAAGCAUCGCUUGGGCCAAAGAAGAAGGGGUAGAGUGGAGAGAGAAACUGGGAUUGUAG